GACCGACUUUACUUGUAGGUCAACUGGAGUCGAUUAGUCUUUGUUAAUUGUUGGGUAGUUAAAACUGUACCAGCGCUCCUGGAGACUUGGCUCUUUAACACUUGAGAGGAUUUCCUCCACUAAUAGUCCUUCUUGGCUAAGACUUAGAGAAGUGUUGUGAAUCAUAUACUUCUGAAUUUUGGUGGGUAGCCUUAGUUUUUGUUUUGUUUUGUUUUAAGAUUUCUGUAGAAAACUUGAGUUGGAUCUUUAAGCGAAUUUUAUACUUCCUCAAACUUAACUCUACUUUUUAGCCAUUCAACAAUAUGUUUACAAAUAUUAUAAAAGACCAAUUUUCAAGGCAAGACACUGCUCCUUUUUGAAUACUUAAAAGGUCAGCUACUUGGUUUUGUUCAAACUCUGUUGACUUUUUCCUCCUCUGCAAAGUGUUGUCAUUUAGUUUCAGAGCAGUUGAACAUUUGUUUCAAAAAGUCGCCAAGAAGCAUUGGGUAAACUUCUAAAAAUUUCGAACUUUUCACUGCCUUACUGUUCUAGUUUGUAAUGCUUUUAUUUGUUUCAGAUAAAAGAAAUUGUUUUCUUAAGAUGACUAGAUGUCUAUCUCUCUGGAACGUUAUGUUCCUUUGUACAAAUACAGUUUUUCGUGUGUGUGUUUAUAGUUUGUAUUCAUCUGCACAGCUUGAUCUUGUCCGGUGUCUUAAGCUGGUCUGUGAAUGCUUAUGACAGUUUUUAAUAGCCUGUUCAUGAGUUCAUUUUUAUUUUGGUAGUUGAGUAAGUUGAAAGUUACCAGAAAUGUCUUUAAAUUUAAUGCAUUCUCUCUGUGGCUUGUUUUCUGUUUCAGUGAAUAAUUAUCACUAUCACAAUAACAGGUGUGAAGAAGUCCCUUAUAGUAAAUUAAGGAAGAAUUUAAUUUGAUAUUUGCAUAGAUGCUUCCAAUUGUAGGAUGCUGAUGUAAAUUUCUUUCCAGCCUGUUGCCCCAACUUUACAUUUGGCUGAUUGUAUAGCUCCCAAAGACUCACUUUUACUUUUAGACACAAAGAGAGGAUUAUCAAAAUAACUGCAUCCCUUUCCCUGCUCUAGUUAGAUCUUGGAUUAAAAACAAACAAAACAGGACUUUGGGUGUGGGAAGAAAGUAGCAUUUGUGAAAUCUUGUGCUGAAGUAAGUAUAAUGUGCCUUCUUAAAAAUUUACCCACUCAUAUACUUUAGAGCAAUGGAAUUAGGUAAAAUGACAUUUUGGCUUGAUGCUAACAUUUAUUUUGACUUGAAAAAUGAAAUAGAAAUGGAUUGUGCCAAUAGAGACAUUUAUUUUGGGUCCCUCCCCUUCUUAAACAUCAUCAGUUAAGUGGUCAUACUGUUGGUUGGCAUUUACUUAGCUCUGUGGCAGAUUAGCAAAUGAGAUUUAUCAUGGACCCUUUGUACUUUAAAGAAGCUACUUGAAUGUUCCCUUUACUCAGUCACUGGAAUCCAAAGUCAGGAGGCAGCUUUGACUGGGGAGCCUAUAUUUGCACAUUCCCCAGCUUCUAUCCUUUAACCCUUGAAUUCAUAUCUACACUGACAAAAGGAUCUAAAGGAAUGAGACAAAAAUACAUGUGGAAGAAUUGGGUCAGACACUAAUUCUACCAACGUUGUUUUGAAAUAAUGCAAAAGGUGUCCCCAGGCUCCUGAUCAGUACACAAGGAUUUGAGACAAAAAAACUAAGCUCAUGUUUUCUCCUGAUCAAGAAAAUCAUCCAUCUAAGUCACCAGUUAAAUAUGGUGAACUCAUUGUCUUAGGGUAUAAUGGGUCACUCCCAAAUGGUGAUAGAGGAAGGAGAAAAAGUAGGUUUGCUUUGUUUAAAAGACCUAAGGCAAAUGGGGUGAAGCCCAGCACUGUGCAUAUUGCCUGCACCCCUCAAGCUGCAAAGGCAAUAAGCAAUAAGGACCAACAUAGCAUAUCAUAUACUUUGUCUCGAGCUCAGACGGUGGUGGUUGAAUAUACUCAUGACAGCAACACUGAUAUGUUCCAGAUUGGACGAUCUACUGAAAGCCCCAUUGAUUUUGUGGUAACUGAUACAGUUCCUGGAAGUCAAAGCAAUUCUGAUACACAGUCAGUGCAAAGUACUAUCUCAAGAUUUGCAUGUAGAAUCAUAUGUGAACGGAAUCCCCCCUUCACAGCCAGGAUAUAUGCUGCAGGAUUUGACUCAUCAAAGAACAUCUUUCUUGGGGAAAAGGCUGCCAAGUGGAAGACUGCAGAUGGACAAAUGGAUGGUUUGACCACAAAUGGAGUUCUUGUUAUGCAUCCACGCAAUGGUUUUACUGAAGACUCUAAACCAGGGGUAUGGAGAGAAAUCUCAGUAUGUGGAAAUGUAUUCAGCCUACGUGAAACCAGAUCAGCUCAGCAAAGGGGGAAAAUGGUGGAAAUUGAAACGAACCAGUUACAGGAUGGCUCCUUGAUCGAUCUCUGUGGCGCCACCUUGUUGUGGCGGACGGCAGAAGGCCUUUCCCACACUCCCACAGUCAAGCAUCUGGAAGCUCUGAGGCAGGAGAUCAACGCUGCACGGCCCCAGUGCCCUGUGGGGUUCAACACACUUGCUUUUCCUAGUAUGAAAAGGAAAGAUGUUGUCGAUGAAAAGCAGCCUUGGGUGUAUCUGAACUGUGGCCAUGUUCAUGGGUAUCACAACUGGGGUAACAAAGAAGAGAGAGAUGGGAAGGACCGGGAAUGCCCCAUGUGUAGAUCUGUUGGCCCUUAUGUCCCACUCUGGCUUGGCUGUGAAGCUGGAUUUUAUGUGGACGCAGGCCCUCCGACUCAUGCUUUCAGCCCUUGUGGGCACGUGUGUUCAGAGAAAACAACUGCCUACUGGUCCCAGAUCCCGCUUCCUCAUGGCACUCACACUUUCCAUGCGGCCUGCCCCUUUUGUGCACAUCAGCUGGCCGGCGAGCAAGGCUACAUCAGACUCAUAUUCCAAGGACCUCUAGACUAAUGAACGUGCACUAGGGUGGCACGAAAUUUAUAAGCUAAGUGAUGCAGGUUUUUUCCACCAGUUGUCUACAAAUUUCUCUGCUUUGAUCAUUUACAUUAAGAUGAAGACUUUUUUGGGAAAAAAUAAAUUUUUUUGUAUUUGUAACAAAAAAUUCCUGAGCAAAAUCUGGAAGAGUCAAACAAAGGAAUCUGGUGCCAUUCCAGACUUCCGUAUUCUGUGUCUGAUUAUAUAUUUUGAAGAAAGAAUUAAUUCAAUGCCUUCAUUUCUGUGUUUUUUGAAUCACUCAUCCUCGGUGUCUAAGAGAUGUUUUGUAUUACUGAGGUACCGUUGGUUCAAACUAUGUUAGUUUACAGUUUGGAUGCAAACAUUGUAAAAUACAGCAACAUGUACAUUAACUUUCUUUUUCUAUUUAUCUUUGUUAUAGAAAAUAUCUGAGAGUGUAUUUGCUAGAGUAGCACAGUAGUGUAACAUCCCUUGCGUGGAUGCUUUGAGUCACUAGCAGAGGGCAGGGAUUUGCAAGGUUAGGAAAAACAUUAUGAAACAAAUCUUUUCUUUUUUUUAACCAAAAAUAAUAUUAAAUUUGGUAGAUUUAGUAGAAUGCUUUGUAAAACAAAAUUCAUGCAAAUUACAUUGUAUAAGAUUUGUUUGUUUUUAACCACAUUAAGGAUAAUCAGGAAGGAUUUUCUUAAAAUGUUUCUCUAGUGUGUAGUACUAUAAUAAGAACUUAUCACUAAGAAACAUUUUAUAUGCUCCUCUGAAUAUGCAAUUUAAUCUAGAUUAUAUAUUUUUCUCCCAUGAUAACUAAUCUGUUUUUAGUAUUAGCUACAUUCGGCAGGUUUAUUUAUUUAUUAUUAUUAUUUUUUUUUUUUUUUAAGACACAAACUGUGGUUCAUCUGUUCACUGGAAAAAUCUUUCAUAAUUAGAAACUGCAUAAAUUAUCACGGACUUGACUUUUAGGGAAAAAAAAUGCUUAAAUUGGGUGUUUUACAUUUGACCUAAUCUGCAGAUUUUGGAGAUAUAGAUAUAGACAUAGAUAAAGUGGGCUGAACGGCACAAACUUGUGUCUUUGAACCCAGAAGACCAACCCGUAACCUAUGGGCUUAGGUCCUCAAAAUAGUUGGUUUACAUUGGAACUUUGAAUUGAAAUCUUAUUCAAGUCCCAGUAUUCCUACAAAGCACUGGUCAUUUCAGCAAACACAUACUUGAGCAGGUGAUAGUAAACAACAGUGAUGGCAGAAAUGAAAGAAAUUGUACUUGCUCAUGAACAAAGUGGCCUUUAAAACUUUGCUUUCAGAAGCAUGAAAAAUUCCCUCCUUUUUUCAUGCACUGAUACACAUGAAAGUUAUAGAUAGAUGUGCUACAUGAAAAAAAGGUUUUGUGACAUAUUUGUACAUCAGUAUACCCUGGGAUUAGGCUGAGGUUUUUCCAUUUAUGAUGUUUUUCCCUUGGUUUAAGAAAAAAAAAAAGGUAUAUAAUAAAAAUUGACAAUAGCAAAUUCCUGUACUUUGUAGCAUAGCUUUGAUUUUCUCAGUAAAAAGAACAAAAAAGAUUCUUUUGCUUAGAAGCCAUGAACUGUUUUACUUCAGCUGUCAGAUUUUCCUUGUUUUUUGUUUUUUUUUCCUAAAAAAAACAGUUGUUUGGAUUCACUCAGGAAAUGCAUGUCAGGAAACCUGUAUUAUAAGUAUAAGUAACUGCUGUUACACCCUUUUCAUAGAAAUAUAAUUGUUUUUGAAAUUUUCUAGAUUCAUGCAUUAUUACCGAUGCAGCACAGAAAUCAACCCUUAUAUUGUAUUUGUUUUAAUCAUUUCUGUUUGGGCUAUACUGUAGCUAUUUUUUUUUUUUUUUUUGCAAUUUAAUUUAUUCAAACUGUAAGUAAACACUUUUCAAAAUA